AUGGCCCCCGAGAAAGCUAUCCAGCCCGCCGGCGACGAUGAUGUUCGCCGUGCGCCGUCUCCGCAGCCUCACGGCGAGAUCGAGGACCUCAAGGAGAAGCAGCACCAACUCGAUGCGGCCGCCGAGUUUGUGCGCGUCCACCAAGAUGAAUACGGCGAAAUCACGCCCGAGGAAGAGCGCCGGGUGCUACGCAAGAUUGACAUGCGGCUGAUGCCGAUUAUGCUUGUUACUAUCACCCUAGCUGCCGUCGAUAAAAUUGUCAUCUCCAACGCCGCUCUCUAUGGCAUGCAGACUGAUACCGGCCUUGUCGGACAGCUGUACAGCUGGAGUGGCUCGAUUUUCUACUUCGGAUACCUGAAGUUGCCUGUCGGCAAGCUUCUGGGCACAUCCUGUAUCAUCUGGUCUGCUAUUGUCACCUUGAUGGCAGCUACACACAACCCGCCGGGCAUUAUGGUCCUGCGCUUCCUCAUGGGUGCCCUCGAGGCACCAUUGUUCCCGGCCUGCUCCAUCAUCACUGUCAUGUGGUACAAGCGAUCUGAGCAGCCCAUUCGUACAGCAAUCUGGUUCUCUGGACUCUCCUCACUUGUUACAGGAAUUGUCUCCUAUGGCAUUGGCCACACCAACACGGCCGUCGCUCCGUGGCGGCUUCUCUUCAUUGUCCUUGGUGGCUUUACCUUCCUCUGGUCCAUCUUUAUCACGAUCAUGCUCCCCGACUCUCCUAUCAAGAACAAAUUCCUAAAUGAACGCGAGAAGUAUGUUGCCAUCAUGCGGAUCAAGAACAACAUGACGGGAACAGAGUCCAAGGAGUUCAAGUUCUAUCAAGUCCGCGAGGCUCUCACCGACUGGAAGACGUGGCCCCUGGUCAUCUUCGCCCUCUGCAUCAACAUUCCCAAUGGCGGCCUGGUGACUUUCGCCGCUCAGAUUGUCUCUGGUCUGGGAUACAGCAAGCUCAACACAACACUCUUGGGCAUGCCCACAGGUGUUGUCAUGACCCUUGGUGCCUGGUCGCUUGCCUAUCCCGCUUCGAGAAUCAAGAACAUCCGAUGCAUACUUGCCGCCGGCAGCUGCUUGAUUCCAUUGACCUGCUGCAUCCUAAUGAUGAAACUGCCCCGCUCAAACCAGCAGGGACUGCUUGCCUCGUACUACUGCUUCUACUUCUACUGGGCUCCUUAUGUGACCGUCACCUCGCUCCCAUUCGCCAACACGUCCGGGCACACCAAGAAGACCACGAUCAAUGCGCUCAUGUUCAUCGCCUACUGCGUCGCCAACAUCAUCGCCCCGCAGUUCUUCAUUGCCAAGGAGGCUCCCUCUUACGGCACUGGCUACCACGCCAUCCUGGGCUUCAUUUCCGCGGGCAUAUGCAUGCUGGGUGUCUACGCCGUCGGCAUAAGAUUCGAGAACAUCAAGCGUGAGAAGUUCGAGGCUGAGCAGCGCGCUGCCGGCGUCGAUGUGGACGCCGAGCGCGAGGCCGAGGCUUUGUUGGACAAGACUGAUCGCGAGAAGUUGUACUUCCGCUAUCUCUACUGA